AUGCUGGCUGCGCGCCUGGCGCCGGGCGUUGACAGCUUCUGCACGCUGAUCCAGGCGCAGGCAUCUGGAGGCCAUUGGCAACGGGUGCUGAGCCUGCUGGAGGCCGGGGGAGAGGAGUGGAGAGAUGGACCAGAGGAGUCUGGGCCCGAACGGCGAGGCGCUCGGUGCAGCGGUGGACAUACUCAGUGCUGCGGCCGGGCCUGUAGCGUGCAUUGCCAGACAGGCACUCCAGACGCCGAAUCCGUGGAGGCCAGAGUGGCGGGCCAGGCAACAGAGGGAGCCGACGCGGAGGUUGGGAAAGGGCAGAGACUGAUAGGUCCAGUGUCGGGAUUCCUGCGCUCCUCGCUGGCGUCGCUGCGGGGCAAACUGCUGUGGCGGUACUUCCUCUUCCAGCUCUUUAGGCUGUGGCGCUUGCCUGCAGAAGCGGAUCUUCCUCCAGGUCGCCACUUGCUGAUCCUUGGCAGCUCCGUGGCCAAGGGCGAGGGUGCGGAGGCGGGACCAGAGCCUAACCUGGGCUGGCCACAGCGCCUGAGUUCGACCCUGCAAGAGAAAGGCUGGCACACCACCAUACGAGCUGUCGAGUGGACAAAUUCGCAGCUUUGGUACGACCUUAUCACCACCAAGACCACAGAGGAGCAGUGGCGUCCAUUUAGUGUGGUCAUUCUCAGCCUGUCCCUGGGCAACGAGGGCUUCUGCUUCACCGAGUCUGAAGAACAUCUUCGAGAGAUCGGUCGGCGCUUUCUAACGCAAACCAGGAUGUCUGUCCGAGCAUUACGGCUGCGAUUGUCACCAUCUGCUCGCCUGGUCUUGGGGGGGCCGUAUGCCAACGACCUCUACACCGCGCAGCACAUGGGCGUGGUGGAUCAUGUCCGGCAGCAGAUGUCGCAGUGGGAGGAGGUGGACUACUUCGUGGACUUCUUGCAGGAGUCCGGGGCAGACCUGAAGGGCCACUGGCUCCCCAACGCCUCCCGCGACCCUGGGCACCCUAACAGCGUCGGCCACGAAGGCAUGUUCCGCUGCAUGGACUUGCCCAAGAUGUUCGGGGACUUGUGGUGA